AUGGAUAAAGCCAAAGACAUAAUUCAGUUCUUCAAAGAUGAAGAAAUACCAGUGUACGCAGUUGGCGAAUUGCCGUAUGAACGAUCGGUAGCAACAGCCAACUUCCUCUACCGAUUCGCAAGACCCGACUGUGUUGUGCAGCCUAAGCGAACUUCACAGGUCCAGACAAUUGUUAGAGAAGCCAAAGAAAGGGGCAUACCCAUUACGAUUAAGAAUGGCGGCCAUUCUUAUGCGGGCGCAUCCACCGCUGAAAAGGGCAUCUCGUUGGACUUGUCCCGAAUGAACAAUGUUAAGCUCGAUACCGACUCGAAGAUUAUGACGCUGCAAGGAGGUGCGUUAUGGGGACACGCGUAUAAAGAGUUUGUCAACAAGAAGCUCAACCAAUAUGUCAUCAACGGUGGACGAUGUCCAACGGUGGGCGUAAGCGGCUUCAUUUUGGGAGGUGGCCUCAGCCCGUUUACGAGAAGUUUCGGCAUGGGCUGCGACACUCUCAAAGAGAUUACAAUAGUUACCGCGGAUGGAGCAAAAGUCACCGUGAAGGAGCGCGGCAAUGAUGACCUCAAGAAAGACAUGCUCUUCUGGGCGCUCUGCGGAGCGGGUGGCGGCAACUUUGGAGUCGUGGUGGAAAUGAAGUUGCAAGUCCAAAAGCUACGAUGCGACAAAGUCGUGGCUGGCAGAUAUACUUGGUGGCCACAGGACGAUCCGGGCAAGAUGAAGAACUUUAUGGAGACGAUGCGGAGCUUUUACGCAACUGCUUGGCCAAAUCAGCUCACCAUUGAUAGCUCUUGGCUGUGCGAUCUUUCACAGAGCAACAUUGGUGUCAGGUUUCUCGUCUACCAUAAUGGCGAUAAAGCCGAAUUCGAAAAGCUUAUUAAAGAAAACAUUUCUGAUGAGGAUUUAUCGAAACCACUCAUAAAACGAUCCCUGGAAGAGCCGUCUUCUCUAUUCCUUCAUGAGACGCUAGUUGCUCAGUGGUCAGAAGAGACUGAGAAAUCUUUCCCCCAGAAUCCAUCUUACAUGAUUUAUUCAUCAUUUGUAUUUAAGAAUGAUGCGGAUGAUAUUAAGGCCAUUACAAACAUCAUCAGAGAAAACAUGACUGCUUUCAGGGCAAAGUUUCCAGGAGAACGUGGCCUGCUACAGGUAACCUGGAUACAUGCGGGCGGCGAAGCAGCUUCCAAAGACUCAUCAGCUACAGCAUACCACUGGCGCGAUUGUGUUUACCACACAUAUAUCAUGGUGCAAUGGUAUGAAAAGUUCUUGGAGCAAGAUAUGUGGGACUUCCUCAACCGUCUCAAGGGAGAGUUGAGGCCGUACUCUAUUAAUGGGCAAGCGGCGUUUAUCAAUUUUCCGGAUGCAAGAUUGGCAUCGGACGUUCAUGAGCAAGCAUAUUAUGGAGAAAAUCGCCAUGCAUUGCAGCAAGUCAAGAAUAUGUGGGAUAAGGAUGAUUUCUUCCAUUGGGACCAAGGCGUGCGCCGUCCAGCUGAAGAGCUGAAAACCGAGACCAAUGCAACAUUGCGAUUGGGACUGGAAGAUUCCCUAUUUAUAGAAUCACUGGAGAGCAAUAUCGUCGAUGAAAAGGACUUUUAUACCUCCAGGAUAUCAUCCUGGGAUAAGCCUCUGGCAAAUCAGUUGUUAUCAAGGCAGUGGGAGACUGUGACACUUCCUUCGGAGAAGAUAUUUGAUAGAGGCAUCUACAACUUGAACGAUUUGGGAUUCUGA